UUUCCCAAACCCUCUCUCUCGUCUUUAUUACAGCAGUUCCUCUCGUUCUCUCUCUCUCUAGAAAAUUAGAGAUUUUAAAAUAAUAACAUGGCAUUUUUCUUUCUUUUGGGUGUGUGAAUUCUCUGCGUGAAGCAACAAAAGUCUUCUCUUUCACACCUAUUUCUCUUAAUCCCACAACCCCAUAUGGUGAUUUAAAGAAUCUUGUUCUAGGGUUUUUACAAUCCUCUUGGAAAAGGUCUGUUCUUUGCCAAGAUUAUAACAUUACUUUUCGUGUUUUCUUGAAAGGAAUCGUUUGUAUCCUUGUUUCUAUCUGGGUUUUCUUCAUUUUUCGUUAUCUUACUAACAGUUUCGCCCUAAUUCACCCUUAAUCACAGAAAAAAGAAGGCAAGUAGUUUAAAUUUCAUCUUUCAAAAAAACAAAAAAAAAACUCCUUUUGACCCUUUUGUGAGUUAUGAUCUGUUAAAUUUGCAGUUCUGUUAUGGGUUUUUAGUGUUUUACAUUAGAAGUUGAGUUUCUUGGAUUUUUUAUUUUGAGGGGAGAUAUGGAAGAGGUUGAAGCUGCUAAUAGAGCUGCUGUUGAGAGUUGCCAUAAAAUCCUCAGCCUUUUGGCUCAGCCACAAGAUCAAGUUCAGUACAAAAACUUAAUGGUGCAAACAGGGGAUGCAGUAGUUAGGUUCAACAAAGUUGUAUCUUUACUCGAUAAUGGUUUAGGUCAUGCUAGGGUUAGAAUGGUCAAAAAAAUUUCAACCCCUGUACCCCAAAACAUACUCCUAGACACCCCCACCACCAUAACAACCCACCAUCAUCCACCAAAACCCCUUCAACUUCUUUUAGAUUCGCACCCAAUUCAAGAAGUUGGUUCAAAUGUUGUUAAGAGCACUCUUUCUUUAGCUAACCAUCAUCAUCCUUCACUCGAAUUAAACUCAAAUGGUAAGUGUUCCAUUCAAGUUUCCCAAAAUACCCCUCACCCUUCUUCUAAUUACCAUUUCCUUCAACAACAAAAGCUCAAACAACAAGCUGAAAUGAUGUAUCGGCGUAGUAACAGCGGGAUUAGCUUGAAUUUUGAUAGCUCAACUUGCACCCCUACAAUGUCAUCCAACAGAUCUUUUAUGUCUUCAUUGAGUAUUGAAGGGAGUGUUGCUAAUUUGGAUGGAAGCUCUUUUCGAUUGAUCGGGUCAACCCGGUCAGCUGACCAAGCCUCGUAUCAACACAAAAGGCGGUGUUCGGUCAGGGGAGAUGAUGGGAGUGUGAAAUGUGGAAGUUCUGGUCGAUGUCAUUGCUCCAAAAAGAGAAAACAUAGGAUUAAGAGGUCAAUCAAAGUACCUGCCAUUAGUAACAAGCUUGCAGAUAUUCCACCUGAUGAGUAUUCUUGGAGGAAGUACGGACAGAAGCCCAUCAAGGGUUCUCCUCAUCCCAGGGGUUAUUAUAAGUGUAGCAGUAUGAGAGGUUGUCCAGCAAGAAAACAUGUGGAAAGAUGCUUGGAAGAUUCAACAAUGCUCAUAGUCACGUAUGAAGGGGAACAUAAUCACCCAAGGUUACCUUCUCAAUCUGCAAACGCCUGAAAAAUAUUCUGUAUAUAUUUUAAUGGGUUUAGGGGAUAUUUGGAGCUAAAAUUAUGGGGUUUACAAUCCUUCAAAAGAAAGGGUCAAGUGGUCUUGUGGGUUUUUUUUUUUUUUUUUUUUUUUAAUUCUUCUGAAUGGUCGUUUUUGUUCUUUGGUUUCUUCUUUGUUUGACUAGAUUAGUGUAGUAGUAAUUUGGGUCAGUCAUAUGGGGUAAAAACAAAGUCACCAUUGUUGAAUGUUGGAUUAAUUUGAAGGAUGAAAGAGCUUUGAUGGUGGAAUUGUUAUUAAAAUUAAUUUGUGGGAUUUUGAGUUAUGAAAUAUAAAUGGUGUUUGAUCUUGCUAAA